AUGAAUAGUAAUGAGUUUAAGAAUUUUUUCUUAACAUUAUCUAACGUAUGUCGUCGUAUACCACGUGAUGUGUUAGGGACAGUGUAUGGUAUUAACCUUGGCAAACCAGAAGAAUGGGAGGACGCAGACCGUCCACCUUCCGCUGAAGAAUUUUUAGAUGCAUACAGCCGUAAGUUGCAUUAUAACACAUUGAAUAUUCCGUUUACAUAACAUCACAAAUAUGUUAGGUUAUUAAAACAAUGUAAAGACAGUGAAACAUUGGUUAUCGUUCCAUGUUUCGCGCACCAAUAUAGGUUAGGGGUUAGGUAUUAGGUUGGGUAUUAGGGUUAGGUUUAAGGUUAGGGUUAGGGUGUGUAUAUAUGUGUAUGGAGGUAUCCAGUUAACUUUUAAGUACACUAUAAUAUCCAUAAUCCAUUGCAUAACGUUUACUUUGGCCAAUCAGGCAAACCAAAUGGCUGUGCAGGGUUUUCCUUUAUCCACAAACUACGUCACAAGGCAGACUUUUUAAAAAGGUCUAUUCACUUAGUGUUAUGCUAAAUGAGUACAACACGUCGGUCCAACAUCAUUCUCGGAUGCCUCGUUUGAACAUUGUGUUGACUGAUGUUGGAUUGGGUUUGACUUUUUUUGAAAGUUUCAUUUAGCAUUGUCCAACAUUAUUGGAGCAGCAAUGUUGAACGGGGCUUUAUACAAAGAAACAUUGCUUCAGAACGAUCUAUGUGGUCUAAUUAGCUUAGUUUGCCAAAAUCUUUUUAGACAGCAGAGGUUUUCUAACAAGUCAAGCAAGAUCAGAUUCUCCUCGAUCUGCAAGAUAUAUCCUGAAGGAUUAUGUUAAUGUAUGUUACAUGUGAGAUAUGAGUUAAACCUAGUUUGGCUCGAUCUCGAAAACGAGGCUUUAUACCUAUUCUCAUCUCGUUUCAUCCAAUUUUAAAAUUUUCAAGAGUUCAAAUGUUGACUUUCACCUCCAGGGUAAGCUACUGUAUUGUCAUCCACCUCCGACAAUCGAGCCUAAAGACUUUCAAAUGUCGUUUACUACUGAUGUGAAGACUGUCAAGAAAAGACCUCUGACAAAUUCCAUACCUGGUAACGUAAGUUGAUAUUUCUUUUAUACUUAGAAAUUUUGUGCAGAAUAUUUUUAUCUUCUAACACAAGACCCGACUCUAACACAAAUUUGCUUGGGGAAAAAUUUAGAUCAUGAAGGCACAAAUUUGCAGGCGCUUGCGGGUCGGAACAAUAGGGCCCAAAGGCCCGUGAGAAUGCUCUAAUGCAUUCCCAUCAUUUAACGUGGAACGAGCGACAGGGGACAAGUCAGCCACAAGACUACGUCAGGUGAUCUGACUAACAUUACUUCCUUCUCUUUUAGGAAACACAUGGUAACAAAAUGGAUGGCGAAUUUUUCAAAAAGGUUGGUUGAACAUUUAACGUGCAUGCAUACAUAUAUAGACAGGUUUUGCUAAGUACUGUCGUGCAGCAGAUGAUAGUCAACUGGCAGUUAGCACAGUGUGAAAAUGAUGUUAAAUCUUCUCAUCAUACCUUUUCGUCCUGUCCCCCAGCCACGCGCGUAGGGCGAAGCCCGUGCCCGUGGCGAUGGUACUAAAAAUAUAAUGUAAUGUUUGUGGUGUUACUCUGAGUCAGAUGCAUCCACACCGGGCAAGCUGAAAAUUCUCGCGGGUGCUAUUUCCACCGUGGUCAGCUUGCCCGGUGUGGAUGCACACUCAGAGUAACACCACAAACAUCAUAUUCACCUGAGUACAUAAUACCAACACACAAAAAAAGUAUUGUAUAAUGUAUUUAGUAGCAAAUAAAUAGCAUUGUGAUUUAUGCUCCUGUAAAGUGUCAACAUUUUUAAAGCUGAUCAUCAUUUACUUUUCCAAAACGCUUGCUGUAACCCAUCAAUUUGAGAGAUAAUCACUGAAAGCCUCAUUAUUUUAAACCCAGUAAAUUUUAUUUCCAGACAGAUGUCAAGUCUCAUACGUCAGCAACAACAGGAACAGAACAGUAUCGACGAUUGAUGGAAGCGUCUCAAUCUGACAUGGUUAUAGUAGGUAAACCGUGGAAAAAACACGGAAAUAGAAAUAAGAAAGAAAAACUAAGACGGUUAAAACCAAAUGGUUACUGAAGAAGAGAAUGAAGAUUUAAAUCGGUGUUUAUUAAUACCGCUAAAACGACUUCCUUACAAGAGUCGAAUAUUUUAUUCAGCAAAAAUUUACAAUCGUAUAAUAAAAAGUCAAUACAACAUUUAUUAAGUACAGCAAUAUGGCGUAUAUAACAUGGUGCGAUUAUGACAACAUCCAUUACAAGUUCAAAUAUUUCAUUGAACAAAUUUUGUAAUCGUAUAAAAAUUAAAUAGAACAUUAAAUAACAUCAAUAUGGCGAUGGUACAACAGAGGCGAUUUUUUAUCGUUGGAAAUAAAUUGAUUUCCUCUUUAUAGAAAUCGAUUUAUUUCUGAAUAGAAAAAGAAACCGAUAAUCGAAAUAAAAUAACCGAA